UAUCUUUUGAAGCGUGUGCCGCUUUCUUAUCACUCUCUCAAAUCAAAUAUGCAAGUCACCUGUCACAAGUGGCUGAAAUUGCAGCGAUGAAGCGGCUGAUUAGGAUUUCUUAGAGCGCUUUCAACACUUAUAAUUGUUCUUAAGUAGAGAUGCUUCUUUAAAUGGAUGUAAACGUGUAUAGCAGGAGAAAGGAUCGGGAUUCGGAGGAGGAAGACGACCUGGACACAAGGACCAGUGAGAGAAUGAAGUCCCGAUCUUUCCUGCCUCGUUAUAGUGCAGAUGUUCUCCACCGUCUACAAAGCAAGGGUAAAGGUGGCAACACUAUGCUGUACAUGGUGGCAGGGAUAUUUGCCUUUGGGAUAUUCCUCACAGUGGUCAACAUAUAUGAGCUGAGGAAAGUUCAGGUAGACAGUGGCCCUGAAGAGAAGAGUGGCAGGAGAAAGCAGCAUGUGGUCUGUGUAUGGGGGAAGAAUCAAAAGACUGGCUACUUAAAGCAUGUGUACAAUGUAUUUGAACGCAUUGGUUACUCCAUAGGAACAGACAGAAAUGUCUGGGAUGUCCUCUGGUCACAUGACUAUCCUUUUAAAGAAUUUGAAUCCCAAAUCAGGAAUCUCCAGCCUCACCAGAAGGUGAAUCACUUCCCAGGUACUGGGUAUAUCACAAACAAGGUGAACCUUGCUACCUCAGACAUCUGGUUUAUUCCCAAAGCCUUCAAGAUGCCCCAGGACAAGCCUCUGCUGCUUAAAUAUAGUGGAGAGCACCCACAAAAAAUGUGGGUCCAAAAAAGUAACAAUCACAGAGGAAUCAAAAUAAAGAAGAUCUCAGACCUAGACUUGUCAUCAGGUGGGACAUUUGUCCAGGAGUUUGUUGAUAAGCCAUUUCUCAUCGAUAGAAGGAAGUUUGACAUUGGCAUCUAUACCACUCUUACCUCCAUAGACCCUCUCAGAGUGUACAUUCUGGACAGUGAAGUGCUUAUAAGGUUCUGUCCCCAGGAUUAUUAUCCUUUUGACCCUGAGAAUGUAGACAAGUAUGUGGUGGGAGAUGACUACACCCCCACCUGGCAGAUGCCAAGUUUAAAGAAUAUCUAUGAGCAAAAUGCUCACACUCAUAAAGAAACAAUAAGCACAUACCUAAGACAGCAUGGGCGCAAUGAUACCAAGUUGUGGGAUGAUAUAAGGCAAGCCAUCAUGGAGGUAUAUUUAUCAAAGGAGCCUAAUCUCAUUGGAGCAGCUAAGUCAUACAAGUCAACUAGAAAUUUUUUUGAAAUGGUUAGAUUUGACUUUGUGGUGGAUGAAGAUUUGCACAUAUAUUUAAUGGAGGUGAACAUGUCUCCCAACUUGUCUUCGGGUCAUUUCUCCCAGAAUAAACUACUUUAUGAGCAGGUGGUGUUUAAUUUGCUAAGUCUUGUGGGUGUGGCUAGGGGAGUCACCAAUAGCAUCUACCAGAGCUAUACUGAUGAGAUCAACAUGCAGGUGUCAUCCAAAGAUGUCCAAGUGUUCACAGAGACCUGUUUGUCUCCUAAGUGCCAGAGAAGUUGUGAGGACAUGGAGUGUCAAUUGUGUGAGAAAUGCCUGACAUUUGACAUGAGGCUGACACUACAGUUGGCAUAUAUGGAGCAUGUAGACAGGCGGAACUGCAGGAGGGUUUUUCCUCCUCCAAUGACACAAACUGAAGCAAAAUCGUGGCAGGAAUCAAAGGACACUUUAUACAUGAAAAGUCUCAAUACUAAGAACAAGUUGAUGCAUAGAUGGUUCAGGGGAAAAUGCAUCAUGGAUCCAUCUUGGUGCCAAUGAGGAAGAUAGUUAAGGGUCCUGAUUUGUAAAACAGGUUAAGUCAGUCUUUGCCAAGAUUGCUUAGAAAAUUAGAUAACUAAGUUGCAUUUUGCAGAGAAUCUAGUACAAGGCUGCUCACCUAUUUUACCCCUUUUUCUUGGUUUUCACCCCAAGAAAAAAUUGUGAUUGUCUUGGAAGUUAUUGGUAUUUAUAGUAAUUCUCAUUUAUUUUGAGUUAGUUUUUGUAGAAUGUACUUCUCUGUAAAGUCAGCUUUAUGAAGUCAGUUGUCUGAUUGUUCUAAGCUAUGGCAAAACUCAUGACUGUUUUGUGAAACUGGCCCCAUUUUAUUUGAUGCAAAAUACCUCAUCCAUUGUUCGGGUGAUCUUGUAAAAUAUCUCUUGAAAUACUCAAUUUGAAUGCCUUCCAGUGUGGAAGACUGCUGCACAUUGGUUUUAUAAUAGUUUCAUCAAUCAACAGCUAAGUCAAAAUUAUUGUUCUACAAUAUUGUGAUUGAAUUUUUUUUUCUGAAUUGUAAACUUGUUACAUGGGCAUCUGCAUAAUGGUUUUAUUACCGUUGUGGACCUUAAAGAAAAUGAGGGGGAAAAAGGAUAAAAGGUGUCCUAAUGUUUCAUGAUGAUUGGCUUGUAACACUUUUUUUUAAAGUUGGACAUGGACCCAAGUAGUUGGAACUUCUUUAUGGACCCAAGGACAUUUUUAUAUUGACUGAAAAUAUUUUAACAUUUCCUGAGAUUCAGUUUCAGAUUUCACUAUUUUUGGUGUUUAAAGUGGGGAUUAUUUUGAUCAUCAAGAAGUAUUCCACUUUUCUGAUGGGAUUUUUAUUCACUAGCAGAACACACACAAACAUUUACAAGUGAAUGUAAGUUAUUUUCUAGGUUAUAUUGUAAUAUAUUGAAAAUGAUUUGCUUGUGUUUUAGGUCCCAGUUUCGCAUUUUAUUAAGUCCACUAUGCACAAAAUAUGAUAGCAAGAGCAAGAUCUAAAAGCAAGGUCACAUAACAUAGAGGUUUCAAGCAUUUGGUUUUGAUGUUUUAUUUUGCAAUUUUAGAACCAAUUACUUUUCAUUAGUUGAAAAGUGAUUCUAUUUGGUGCUGUAUCUUUAUACUUUUUGAUAGGGUUUGUGACUCACAAUUGUGAUAUUUUUUCUCGACUCCAAAGUACUUUUUUAAUAAAAAAACAACAUGGAAA